GUAAGAGUGACUUUGCACCAACAUGUCAUUUCGUUUCCUUCUCGUAUGUAAUUACUGGAACCUAACUGCCUGAGGUAGUUGGUCCUAUCUAUUCAAAAAUGUAUUAUGAUUGUUUAUCCGUUUUGCUACUAACAAUCCCGAAUCAUUUUAAAUAUGCAGUGACCUGAUAAAUAUUCCUACUUAAUAUUUCAACUUAACUCUGUAUCUGUCCUACUUUCACCCAUACUGCAGUCGUCCAGCUCACCAUGAAUAGUUCAGAAAAUGCUUCUACCUCUGACAGGGAGGUCGUCGCGAAAGACAAUUCUACUACCGACUGGCCAUCGGACAAGGCGACGGGUGAGGCACAGGAGUUAGUAGUAGAAGAAUGGCAACCAUCCAAGCACGAGAAAGCUAUUAUCUACACUAUCGCAUUCCUUAACCUCAUCGUCUCUCUAGAUGCCACUAUCAUUGUCACCGCUUUGGCUGCGAUUAUCGACGAUAUCGGUGGCACGACCACUCAAGCCUUCUGGAUCGCCACAUCAUAUCUCCUUGUAAAUGCCGUUACUAUGCCAAUGAUAUGUUCAAUCAGUGAUGUCAUUGGCCGACCCGUUUGCCUUACCUUCUCCAUUGCCGCCUUUACAGUGGGAACAAUAGUCUGCUGCACUGCACAGAGCAUAGGGGUGCUUCUCGUGGGGCGCUGUAUCCAGGGGAUUGGUGGUGGAGGUAUUCACUCCCUAGGGCUGGUCAUCCAUACCGAUUUUGUGCCCUUGAGAUGGCGACCGAAAUGGUAUAGUAUCACACUUGCGGCAUGGGCUAUUGGCCUCUCGGUAGGCCCAGUAACAGGUGGUGCUAUUGCCCAAAGGACUACCUGGCGCUGGAUAUUUUAUCUCAUGUUUCCUAUUUGCGGGUUUGGCCUCGUUGCCGUACCAUAUCUCCUCACGCUACGACCGAAAAAGGCCACUUUCAAGGAGAAAAUGGAAAGGAUUGACUGGCUGGGAGGAUUUAUCUUCACUUGCUCCGCAACAGCCUUUCUUAUCGCAAUUUCAUGGGGCGGUACACAGUUUGCAUGGAGUAGCGCGGCUACACUGGUUCCUCUUAUCCUAGGCGUUCUAGGCUUAAUCGGCACGGCGUUCUAUGUAGGGUAUAUUGCGAAAUAUCCUUUCAUUCCAAAUGCUUUAUUUGGUGAUGUGAGCUCUAUCACCGCGUAUAUUGGUGCUUGUCUUCAAGGAAUUUUGUUAUAUGGGACAUUAUACUAUUGCCCCUUUUACUUCAUGUCUGUGAAGGAAUAUAGCCCAAUUGAUGCAGGCGUGGCUACACUUCCAAAUCUUCUCCUGUUCGCUGUAUCCGGAAUUAUAACUGGCCGCCUUGUAACCCGGUUUAACAAUUUCCGUUGGGCUAUUUGGUUUGGCUGGUUCUUCAGCUGCGUGGCGACAGCCAUGUAUACGGCAUGGAGGGUCAACGACAGCAAGCCAGUCUGGGUUAUCAGCUAUAUGAUAGGCGGCAUGUCACAUGGAGCUAUACUUAAUGCGCAAAACUUCGCUUCGCAAGCCUUAUGCAAACCCGGAGACGAAGGUGCCGCGGCGGCGAUGUACAUCUUCGCAAGGCAAUUCGGCAUGGCCCUCGGCGUAGGAAUAGGAGCCACGACGUUCCAGAAUGUGAUGAAGUUGAAGCUCAGGUGGGAGGGGCUACCAACUUCAAUCGCUGACUAUGCUGAGGCUUAUAUCCCUACCUUGCACUCUCUCCCUCCAGGCCCUGUUCGGGACGCAACCUACGACGCAUACAAGUUUGGUUUUCAAAUCGUAGUUGCCACUUGGCUUGGGAUUUCAGUUCUCGUCCUCUUCCUCACGCUAGUGUUUAUUAAACACGCUGAUAUGAACAGGAAGCUUGAUACCGAUCACCACAUCGACAGCACGCGAAUGUUUAGGCAUUGGGAGAAGAAGCAGUCUUCUCCAAACAGUAAUGAGGAGUAAGACUUGGAUAUGUCUCCGUCAAGCAUGGUAGUUUGGGCUUAUUUGGAUAGUCGCUCUUAAAUGUACCUACCGAACUGAGCUAGUCUUUCGUAUCUAGGUAGGUAGGAGGUAUUCAUCGUUAUCGAUGGUGUAAUUUACUGUUUCCUUCUGUCUUAGAAUGCAGGAUUCUAUUAUAUGUAAA